CUGGUUUACCCACACAAGGGCACAAUGAUGAAUUUUACGGAGGAUGCUCCUGUAAAGAAAGGCUUUGUUCUCUUAACAAGGAUGGAAAGUAUAACGGCAUACAAAAACCAACGUGGACAACCCAAAUCUGCAACUCCAGAACAAUCUGACAUUCCAGUGUCUGCUAAUGACUUGUGUUCCCUUGCUGAAUGGCCAUCCCAUGCUCGCCGCAACCGUGCGCGACUACAGGAUGAAGCUGGUGGACAGAAGAAGAAAGGGCGAGGUGUUCUAAAAGGUUUUAAAGCAUCUAAGAAGCGUUUUGCCAAUGGAUCUGCAAAGCUAAAUAUUACAUUCUCUGAAAAAUUGGGUGGUACAGUAGGAAUGAACUAUCGUUCGUUCAAGGAUGACGUGGUAGUCAUAAUGAAAAGAAAGUUACCACUCAUUGGAGUGAGGACGUGGUCGGACAUUCACCCUACCAUUCAUCGACUCAUUGUUGCAGAUAUAAUAGACAGAUGGGACCUGGAAGAUACACCAGAAACAGAAGAAAAAGUUCUCAAAAUUGCGAAAGAGAGAUAUAGAGGCUGGCGAUCAACUCUAAGCUCCACUUACAAGGCAUACAAAACAGAUGCAGCUAGAUUGGCUAAUCUGCCUGAAGAUUUACAACCAGAAGAGUGGGAAUGGAUGAUUGAGUACUUUGGCACUGAUUCAAAAUUUCAGGAACGCAGCCAAAAGAACGCUGAUAACCGUAAGAAACAGAAGACAAAACAUAUAAUCGGAUCAAAAUCUUACUCGGAAGUUAGUUUUGAGAAGAGAAACUUAGAAACUGGAGAAGAGCCAGAUUGUAUUGCUCUAUGGUAACUCACCCACACAAACAAUGGAACAUGGUCUAACACAGAUUCCCAGAAAGUUUACGACCAAGCACUUGAAGAGGUUAAAAACAAAGAAGCUGAAAAUGAAGGUCCACUUUCAAGUGAGCAGAAAAACAAUGUUUUCCAGACCGCUUACAAAGACACUCUGGAAUGCAAGUCAUCGCAGCCUCGUGGGUACGGAUACAUGGCCAAAACUUCAACUGGUUCUGAAAAGUUCCGUAUCCAGAUUGAAGAGCAAGCUCGUGCUACAACAGCCACCCAGGAGCGAAACUCUCAGCUCAGCCAGCAGGUCAAUGACUUAGAAGAUCAACUACAAGCUGAACGUGCUAACACACAAGAGAGGAUUAACUUGGAGCGUGCUGAGAGAGAACAACUUGAGGAGAGGUUAAAAGAAGAGCGUGCUGAAAGGGAAAGAUUGUUGCAAGAGGAGUGAACAUCAAGACUGGAAUUUGAAAAAAACAUGAUGGCAAAGUUUGUAGAAUUGAGAAAACAGAUGGAAACCCAACAGGUUCCUACGAAGAGGGUUGACAAAGAAAAUAGUAAUCCAAACUUGCAAAAUAUUCUUUCACAGACAUCUAGUUCUAAUAAGACUCCAGGUUCAAGGCCGACUGCUAUUUCUUCAAAUGCGCUCAUACAAGCUGCAGCAAGGCAAUCUAGAAUGUAUAAAGCAAUGGAUCCAAAGAACUAGCUGGACUGGACUCUAGAUCACGGGCAGUUUAGUCUUCGAAGUUAAUUAGGAUGGCUAAAUUACAUUUGAGUUUUAUUUGAUGGAUAUUUUCUAUCAGAAGUUUGAAUUGUAUGAAUCUACAUAUUAUACGUAUGGUUUUGAAUAUUGUAAUUAAAACCCUGUAAUUUUUUUUUACGAUUGCAAUAGACUAUUACCACAACCCAUUUUUGGUUGCCACAUGCUAGCACCACUAAAAAUAUAGUGUU